GAGAGAGAGAGUAGAAAAAGAAAGAAAGAAAGAGAAAGAAAUUAAGAGUGCAAUUCAAGAACAAGGAUGGUGAGGACUCCUUGCUGUGAGAAGAUGGGACUAAAGAAGGGACCAUGGACUCCUGAAGAAGAUCAGGUAUUGAUUUCAUACAUCCAAACAUACGGACAUGCAAAUUGGCGGGCGCUUCCCAAGCAAGCAGGUUUACUAAGGUGUGGAAAGAGUUGCAGGCUUCGAUGGACUAAUUACUUGCGGCCAGAUAUCAAACGAGGAAACUUUAACAUGGAAGAAGAAGAGACCAUCAUCAAGCUACAUCACAUGCUUGGAAAUAGAUGGUCUGCCAUCGCAGCAAGAUUACCAGGACGAACCGAUAACGAAAUCAAAAACUUCUGGAAUAGCCACUUGAAGAAGAGAUCACUUGCACAAAAUUUAGCCACUCCAACCACCACAAAUCAGGCUGUUGGAACGCCUGGUUAUAUGCUUGAUAGAGAUUUUCAAGGUCAUGUUCAUGCACCAAAUUUCCCCCAAGAGUCUUGGAAAUUUGUGUGUUUAGAUCCAAUCAGGAAGGAGGCAGAGGGAUCAUCACAAACCAUUUCAAUGGAAACAGAGGAAACAUUUAACAAUGAUAGUUCCAAAAACAAUGAUGAAAUGGAUUUUUGGUACAAGCUCUUCAUAAAAUCUGGCGAGUCAUCACAACCUCAUGUAAGCUUAGGACAGUUUGGCUAGUUUUUCAUUAAUUUUCUUUUGGUUCAUCUUUUGUUUUUUCAUCUAAAGACUAUGAAUACUUUCGAAUUUGGACAGAAAGCAUUGGUUUGAAAUGUUUUAUUUGUAAUGUUAA